ACCUCCGACACGCGCUCCGACUUUGAAAUAGUUUACGACAUGUCACGCAGUUCGGAGUCCUCUGCUAUUCAACAACUAGCCACUGUUCUCUGCCGUGAUGAUGUAGCCGGAAUGAAGUGUCGGCUAGAGAGGAACAUGGAAGAAUUUAACGAGAUUAUUGUGGCCACGAAGGCACAGGUGAAAAAACUAAAAGAUAUGGAAAGGGCCUGGCCAUCGAACUUACCAGACGACUCCAAUGAAUAUUACGCGAAGCUGCUUGCCGGAAACGAUAAAAAAUUGAAUGAAUCUAUCAAGUAUCUGGAGGAGUUGAAGGAAGGAUAUGAGGUUGUGCGGCGUAACGUUGAGAAAAUGAGAGGGCUGAAGGGAGAUAGAAAGAAAUUACUUCGAGAACAGAAC